AUGGCGACCCCGCCUCCGGAGGCUACUCCUGUGCUCAAGGAGGAGAAGCCUCAGCUGCCACCGUCGCCAAAUGGCAUCUCUUCAGUCGAUGUUGGUCGCAAAGACGUACAGGGUCUUGUAACUGAUUCUAACCCAGACGCGGCCGCUAAUGAGAAAAAGGCCGAUUCGACCAAACCUGCUUCAGUGAAUGGCCAUGAGACUACUACCACAAACGGAGUCAAUACAACAUCCCCUCCGAAGUCACCGACUGCCCUACCCGAGGAACGCAAAGUACCGACCACAGAAUCUUCAGCGACAGACGAGAUAAAGAAGGAAACAAUUGGGAAUAGCCCUACCAACUCCAGUGGAAAACCGCCUGCCGAUAAGACUAGUGCUGAUAAUGCGAAAGAGAUGGACGGCAGUAUCCAGGCUCAGGGCUCUGCUGCGAAAACCGAUCUUCCCCAUCAUCCUCCAGCUAGUUCAAAGCCUGAAGGUUCUUCGAACAAUAAUUUAACUACUAAGGCUCCCUCGCUGCCGCCUUUGCAGGGUGUUGAUCAGGAAAUGCGAGAUGCGCCUGAUGUGCCGAUGUCUCCCACAAAGUUAUCUAGGGAACGCGAACCAGACCCAAGAGAUGAACCUGCCGCGAAGCGUACCAAGAUUGGAGGGGAAGGUUCUGGGCCGUCUGGAUUUAAAGCACCCGGGACUCCCGGCCCCGUGGCUGAGCGACGUGCGGAUGCGGCAACGAAUGGUGAUGCGACUAUGACCAGGGUUCAGCACAAGUUCCUUCUUAAAGGGAUACAAAGCCUGAAGCGUAUGCACGACUCACGAUUUUAUCGGGAGCCAGUUGAUCCAGUGAAGAUGAAUAUCCCUCAUUAUCCGCAGAUUAUCAGACAGCCCAUGGAUCUUGGAACCAUUGAGAGACGCCUGAAAAACAACGAGUACAAGUCAGUCAAGGCUGUUACUGAUGAUUUUAACCUCAUGGUUCAAAACUCGUUGACGUUCAAUGGCCCGGAUCAUAUUGUUGCGCAGGAGGGGCAGAAGCUCAAGUCUACUUUUGAAAAGCAGAUGAUUAACUGCCCUAGACCUGAUGAUAUCGAAGAGAAGAAACCGAAGAAGUCUUCUCCUAAGACCUCAGCGGCACGACGGGAACCACGAACAAGCAUAGGCCAGGCUCCUCCACGCCCAACUGGUGGUUCCCCUCAGGCUACAACAUUCGCUUUGGGACCAGAAGGUCUUCCUGUUAUUCGUCGCGAUUCUACCAAUGCUGAUGGACGGCCCAAGCGGUCCAUCCAUCCUCCGAAGCGCGACCUGCCCUACUCGACGAAACCGAAAAAGAAGAAAUAUCAGUGGGAAUUGAAGUUUUGCCAGGAGGUUCUUGAUGAGCUGCACAAACCAAAACAUUUUAAUUAUGCGGUCCCUUUCUAUCAGCCCGUCGAUCCAGUGGCCUUGAAUAUCCCUACCUACCACAGCAUUAUCAAAAAACCGAUGGAUCUCUCAACUAUGCAGACAAAACUUAAAACUGGUCAAUACGAGAACGCCAAAGAGUUCGAACUGGACAUGCGCCUGAUUUUCAAGAAUUGUUUCAAGUUCAAUAUCCCAGGAGAUCCUACAUAUCUUGCUGGACAAAAGUUUGAAGAGAUAUUCAAUUCUAAGUGGUCUCAGAAGACACGCUACUUGGAGGCCCAUGAACCGCAUCCCGAGCACCACAGCGGAAAGUCCGAGUCUGAAUCUGACGAAAGCGACGAAGAUGCGGACGAAAGCGAUAACGACGAAGAACUUCAACGGCUACAGCAGAAGAUUGCUGAAAUGACACGUCAGGUGGAAGUUCUUGCUCAGAAGAAGAAAAAGAAGACACCACCCGGAUCGAAGAAAGCCGGGAAGCUCAAGUCUAGCACGAAGGAUAUCAAGAAACCUGGAAGCAUGAGCCUGGCCAAGAAGGACAAGAAGAGCAGCAUAAAGCCAUCAAAGCCCGAGAAGCAGCGCUGGGUCACAUAUCAGGAGAAGCAAAUCAUAUCCAAUGGGAUCAGUAGCCUUCCCGAUAAGAAGAUGCAGGAAGCGCUUAAGAUCAUCCAAAGUAAUGUUCCAUCUCUCAAGGGCACCCAAGAAACAGAGAUUGAACUCGAUAUUGAUGAGCUGCCCAACGAUGUAUUACUUAUGCUGCUCAGAUUCGUCAAGAAGAAUGCGCCCCAAGUUAUGGAAGAUGAAGAAGUGGCGACGCCCACUGCUAUGAAUACUGCUGCUGCCCCUAAGCCAAAGAAGAACAAGCCCAUGAGCAAAUUCGAACAGGAAGCUCAGAUCAACAUGCUCGAAAGCAAUCUGUCUCGCUUCCAGGGCGGUGGCCGUUCACCAGAUCCAGUUCCCUCUGUCGAAGCUAACGAAAGCAGCGACGAUUCGGAAGACGACUCGGAAGAGAGCGAGGAGGAGUAAACCUUCGCUGGAUGAAUUCUAGCUGAAUAUUUACUUUUCGGAAAUCUUCCACUUUGUCUUGUUGAUCUACUUUGCUAGUACUCCUGGGCAUUCCUAUCCUUCAUUUUUACGCUAUCCAUCAUUCUAAUUAGUUGUUCCCCCAUCUUGGUUGUUAACCUGUGUUCCCACGCCAGCCUUUCCUGUUCCUCUUUUCUUUUCCACUAUUAGCGAUACUGUUGCGUUGGAAGACGGCCUGAACUAUUUUUAAUCAGGCGCCUGGUAUUCUUGUACAUAGCCCUUUACUUCUAUCGGGUUGAACGUCGCGUCUGAGCUCUUCACUUUCGCUCGCCUGCAUCUGGUGGCAAGAUCCA